CAGUUGGCAGUAUGGCAUUUUGGUAUUUCUAGGUAGGAGGAUGAAUUCUGGGUAAAAUAACUUGUGCAACGCAUCAAAAUAUCCUCACCGAGAGUAAUAAACUGGUAAAAUCGUUGACGAUAAUUUCAUCAUUUAACGAUGAAAUAGCACCGAGUGAUCGGCUAUUCCAGAUAAUUAUUCAAAAAUCCAUCACGCGAUAUUUGCCCUCUACAUCAGCCCAUUUGAUCGCCUCUGAUUAGAUACGAGGAAUUAUUGGCGUGAUUUUUUACUGAGACGGGUCCACGAUGAUCGAUCUCACAGUGAAGACCUUGGAUUCCCAGAAUCACACCUUCUCGUUAAAUGACGACAUCACAGUCAGACAAUUUAAGGAACAUAUUGCCGAGACUGUGAGCAUUCCAGCUGAUCUUCAAAGAUUGAUCUAUUGUGGACGAGUGCUGCAAGACGAAAAAAAUCUCAAUGAAUACGACGUGAAUGGUAAAGUGAUUCACCUAGUUCAACGUGCGCCCCCUUCACUUCACCAGAGAUCUAGCGAUGCUAAUCAAUCCGGUAACCAGGGUACCCAGGGUGGAAGCUGGCAGUCAGGUCCCAGAAUCCAAUACCGCCCGGGUCGAGGUAAUCCUAUGUACGUUGGCUCAGUGUCAAUUCCAGCUGAUGUCCUUGACCGUCACGACGCCGAAUGGCCGACACCUCAAUUCAGUGGACUCCUAGCAAACAGCCACUUGACAGUAGUUCAUCGAAUGCUGGAUCAGGCGAAUCGAGUAAUCGAUCGCUUAGAGAACACCGAGACCCCCGAGUCCACACCCCAAACGUCAGCCCCAACACCUGGAUCCAGUGAAGCACCAGCUCCAGCCGAACAGCCCUCACAGACAGAUGAGAUUCCUGCGACUGGAUCAGCCCCAGAACCCGACACAAAUGAUAUCCUCGUGCCUCGUCCACUGGCAGAGCUCCUGGAGAAGCUGCUGACAACUCAGGAUCGUCUCAGGCCCUACAUUAGGGAUCGUCUGCUCUCCACAACGUCAUCAAGCCCUGAUGAGAGUCAACGAAUAAUCGAAAGUGUCUCAGAAUGCUUGCACUUUCUCUCGCAUGCCCAACAUGCCCUCAGCAACAUCAGCAUCGAUAUGCAGCAGACUCCACCGAGGACUCUUCGUUGUCGUCCCAUGAAUAUCAGACCACCAGCAGUGGUCCAGGCAGGUCUUCCAAUUCAGGUUGAGGCGCACAUUGAGGUCGGCCAGAGUGAUAAUAACAACACGGAUGAAACAAACCAGACACCCCAAACAACACCUGCCAGCAAUGAUGCGACUAGCUCUCAAAAUCCACCAUCAACAACACCACGUCAAGAACGUUCAGGUCAAUCAGACUCACCAUUCGGUCAGGUAUUUAAUUUUCCAAAUAACGUAGAAGUUGUGAUGGAGAUGGGAACACAGGCACCCGGAGUCUGGAGUCUCGAGUAUUCAACUGGUCCCCAACCACUGGGCACCAUGAACAACAAUAAUAACACAAAUAACAACAACACAAAUACGAAUAACAAUAAUACAACGAAUGGAGCAGGAACAAGUGGAUUAACCAGGGGAGCAGCUCUGUCCCCUGAUCUACUAAGAAAUCUGAUGCAGGCAGUGGCUGGAUAUAUCUUUCAUACAGGUGGGCCACUGCUAGGUACAGCAUCAGUUCCAACAACUGCUUCUACCACACCUCCAUCAGCAACUAGUGGCUGCAUUCAUCAUCGAGGAAGGAAUGCAGGGGAAUCAGCGAGCUCUCAGCCCAGGGGUAACACUGACACUCAUCCGACAACAUCGACUCAGACUAGAACUACAUCGAGGACGCAUGUUCUGCAGCAUGCACAGGCUCUUGGUGUUGGUCUCGAUGUUGCCGAUAGCAUUGACUUCGAUCCUUUUUUGCCCUGCACCUCUCAGCACGUGAGACGUCAGCCUGCACAGACCAGUACAGCAGCAUCAACACAGACUGGACAGGGGGUAGCUGGUGGUGAGGGACAGCGCACGCUUGGCAAUCGUGAGCCAAGAUUCGCCACUUUUACUGGAGUACAGAUUGUCAACAGGAGAAGCAAUCGAUUAUCAUUGGCUGAGUUUCUCGCUAAUGCUGAAAGAAUUGGUCCUCCCAGUCGACCACUUUCGUUUAAUACUUUGUUGUUGAAUAGGGGAAUUAAUUUGCUUGAUUAUCUGAACCGCCCAACUAUUCUGCAGAGAGUCUAUUUGGUACUGUCGAAAUUAUCGCUUGGGGACUGGAGGAAAAUUCUGGGUGGGGAUUACAGUCCUAUCACUCCUCAAGUGCAGGAGGCACUCAGAACCAAUAUUAGAGAGAUUGCGAUGGUUGAGGAUGAGGAAUUACCCAAUCGAAUUGCUCGAAGAGUCGUGCUUGAUUUGAGAAUAGAUAUUAGAUGCACAUUUUUUGUCGAAAAUCUCAGGGAACACGCUGAUGUCAAUAUGCUCAAUACUAUUGAUCGAGUGCUGAGUCGAUAUAUUGAAGAGAUUCUUCGAUGCUUGUUCACUAGUUAUGAGACAAAUACAGCAUUUGCGGAGGCUGUUGUAAAUCAAAUAAAAUUACUAGCUGCUGAUUUGAUUGGAAUAUGUCGACUGAUUUUGAUAGGCGGACAGAACGGAUUUGAAAGAGUCGUAGCUCGAUUUGCUAGACGAAUGACAUGUGAUAGCGACGCUUUGUGGCGCGAUUGGAUUCUUGGACCAGUUGUGGAAUGGAUAUGCAAUUAUUCUCGAGGAGUGGUGUCCCCACCAAAAGAAGAGAUAAUGAAGAUGAUCUGCUACAAGGAUUCCACAAAUACCACAACAUCCCAGUCAGAGCCAACAGCAACAGAAACAGCAUCAAGCCCAUCAGCAACUCCACCAGCUCAAUCACCAGUUGAGUCAGUGCCAGAGCCAAUGGAAACAGAGACAGCACCAGAUCCACUGAUGCCGGACGAAAACGAGGAAGUAUCGACGACAUUCCCAGGUCAUGAGAGUCUUCUGCCUGAUUGGGUGCCCAUAAUAGCACGUGAUGGGGCAAGACAGAGGAGGCAAUUGCAAUUGGGCCUGUCUGGUGGCAGUGUUACUAGUCUGAGCGAUGCUUAUCUGGCUACAAUGCCCAGUAAACGGAGGAAAUUGGUGGAGCAACAGAAGCCAACACUCUUGGCAAGUCCAACAUCAAAUAGUUCUGCUAUACCAGCGUCCAUGGAACGAUUGAUUAGAGAGAGCGUUGGACGUGCUGGUGUGGAGGAAAUUGAUGGAGCGGCUGCUGCUGUUGCUUCUGAUACAACUGCCAGACGUGCAUUCGGAGAGGCAAUCAGGGAAUGCCUUCAUCCACACCGAUAUCAGAGCCCUGAUUUUCCAGAUCCCCUCAGAUUUCCAAAUGCUACCAAGUUCUUCAGCGAUCAUGAUAGGCAUGAUAAAUAAUAAGACAUUCUCAUAUUUAAUAUUCUUGUAAUGAAAUACUUUUAUUAUGUCAAAAUUCAUAAUUUAAUAACUAUUCUUUCUGGCACACUUAUUGUAUUUCCAAGACGUUCAAUAUCCAACGCAGUUAAGCGUGUGAAUUAAAUUAAUGUAAUGGUGA